AUGUAUGUACGCUUUUCGUCUAACCCCUCGACAGAAGACUUGAUCAUGCGGACAAGAAUGCUAAGGCAUGAAGUCAUCGAAUGGGCUGAGACGAGGAGACGCUACCGGUUCAAUGCCGUCUAUGACAUCGAAGAAGAACUGUUCCUCGGAACAUGCGACAGUAGAGGAGUCGGUGGCGCCGGCGCUCUCGUCAACGCGUGUUUCGCCAAGAACAUCGACCCAUUCGAAAAACUAAGAGCCCGAAUAGGACGUUUACUAUUAAAAAGACGUGGAUCAAUUCCGGCCUUAACAAUCUUCGUCGUUUACGCGCCGAGAUCAAACUAUGACGAAAAAGAAGUCGAAGCGUUUUAG